AUGCCCAAAAGCUUCCAGACCCCAGGCGUCAUGCCCGAACGCGUCUACUUGUCCGACAAACAGCAACAGAUCCUGACCGACAUGGCUGACGGGAUCGUUGCCGAAACACUAGAGACAUACGAAACAUUCAUCACCAACGGCCGAGAAUUGCCAAGCUGCCAGUGGAAGCACGUCAAGUCCAAGGAGAAAGUUCACGUCUAUCGACACGACAAGGGGCCCAAACCCCGCGGGCAGUCGCAAGACGAGAAGGACCCGAGUCGUCCGAGGUUCUUGUCCCUGUCGGCUAUGGAGCGUGAGGCGUCAGGGAGACCCUACGCCUACGACGACGACGAUGAAGAGCCUGUUCGGCAGGAGAAGGACAGCACCAACACCAACAGCUCGUCCAGCGGCGCGGGCUCGUUCUCGCUGGGCGACGACUGUGUGUUGGCGCAGAUGAAGCCGUCCCACGUGCCUCUCGUCGUAGCGGCAGGUGUGAUCGACGGCACUGUGGAGGACGUGGCGUUUGGUGCGUUCGCCAACACUAAACACUCGUGGAUUGUGCGCAAUUCAUACGUGCACAACGACGUCUUUGACGACCGGAAGGUGCUGGCGACGCUGCAGACACCGAGUGACGAGGACCCGUUCCGAUCGGUCACGAUCAAGUGGGCCACGGGGAACUACGGCGCCUUCACGACACGCCGAGACUUUCUGUACCUCGAGUCCAUGGGGAUGGCCUACGACUCGGACGGAGAGAGGAUAUUCUACAACCUCAUCCACUCCAUCGAGCUGGACGGCUGCCCUCCGCUGGACAACCGCCACAACAUCAUUCGCGUGCAGAUGUCGACGUGCUACAUCGGCCGGCAGCUAGACGACAGCAGCGUCGAGAUGUUCUGUCGGGGCUUCGUAGAUCCGCGAGGAGACAUGCUCGAGAGCUACGGCAUCUUGAUGCUGGCCCACAACGUGGCCAACUGCUCGGGCUUUGUCGAGUGCUCGAACCUCAAGAAGCUCAGCUGGUUGAUGUCGCUUCGCCGCCGUAGCGAUGCAGCGGGUGUCUUACCUUCGCCAGACUGCGGAGUGUGCAAGAAGUCGCUCAAGAAGCUCGGGCUGCUGCAGUCUCCGUCGGGGUGCGCGAUCUGCCGCUGCGUCACGUGCAACAAGUGCAAUGUUCAGAAGAAGCUCACGGUGGACGCGUCCGACAAGGAGGCGAAGCCGAAGAACUUCACCUUCUGUCUGCCGUGCGUACUCGAAGCCAAGGAGUUGGCAGCAUGGGAAGUCGCAACAUCCUGCCGACGAAGCCCGUGA